AUGUUUCAUUUCACGGCCUUCUUAAUCGUCAUUGCCGCCUUCGCCGGUGCGGCCAGCGCCGUGUCGUGCACCCCAGCCGAGACCUACUGUGGCUCCCGCCUCAUCAAAGCCAACAAGAGAAACCGCGCGGCUGUAGAGGACGCCUUGAUCUCUGGCAGGCAGCCCAUCGACGAAGCCCACAUCAAACAGUCCGUCUUUUGGUGCGCCCCGGCCGGUGUCCCGGUGCCUGCCAAAUCCGGACUGCUAUUCGUGACGUACUGUGGCCCCGUCAGCACCUGCGUCGAGGGCGGUGCGCUGGGCGGCGUCGGCGACGCGUGCGUGCCCUCCACCAGUGGGGGACGGGGCCAUUGA